UCACGCUCACACAUACAGUCCUAUCAUCUCUGCCAUUUGAGGCUAUCUAGGGUCGAAUCUUGACGGAGAACCUGACAGACCCAUCAGCAAAUACGGCAGACAUCUACCACUCAACAUGGAAACCGAAGUCCUGGAUACAAUCACGGCGAAAGUCUUCGCCCAAUACGAAACCACAAAGACCAUCCGCACCAAGCCGCUCUGCAACGCCCUCUGCACAAAAAUGCACACUGCCCCUCUGCGCUGCACCGGCUGCGGCGCGGCCACGUACUGCUCCAAGCGCUGCCAGCGCGCCGACUGGCCGCUGCACAAGAAGCUCUGCGCCUCGUACCGCCCGUUCCUGACCACCGCCAGCGCCGACCAGCGCAAGGAGUUCAAGGCCGGCAUCAUGUUCCCGGCCCACAAGCACACGAAACCCCACCUCGUCUGGAUCAAGUUCCGUCCCCGCCUCGGCAGGGAGGAGGAGUGCGCUAGCCUCGUCACGAGGGGCCUCACCCGCUCAGUCGCGCUCAGCUUGGAGCGCGUCCCCGACGUCGCGCCGCUGCUCGGCAUAUCCGAGACGAGUGGCGCGCACGCCGUCAUCGCAAGGAGCGGCAGCACCAGCGGCGCCGGGGCCGUGCUGUUCCACGUCGUGCCCAGGACGGAGCUGUGCCUUGCGCGCUGGGCCGACGUCGGCGGUCUACCCGCCAACGAGAGCAUCCUCGACCUGCUUGUCACGGGAAUGUCGCUGCACAAACAUGAUGGCCAUGGUGUGUCGAGCCCCGCUCCCGGACCCAGCGAGGAUGAGCAGCGCAACGCUGCCUACUUCCGCGGGCCGGUGAUUGUGUACCGGCAGGCGGACUAUGGAAACAAGGGGGAGGAGGCGGCGGCGGCGGCGGCGGCGAAGAGCGCCGUCGGCUUCACGACGAUCCGGUUCGCUGUUGGUCAGGAGGCCGAGGACGUGACGCCGAUCGAUCUGCGGUGCGCGGUCGAGUCGAUGGCGGCAUGUCAGCGUACGAGGCCCGUCAUGGACUUUGUUCCCAUCUCACAGGCCCCGCAGAACAAGGCUCCGCGUGGUGGUGGUGGUCACGGGCACGAGAAGCGCGAGGACGAGCAGGAGGAUGGCGCGGAGCAGAGCAUCGUCAAGGAGAAGAUAAUGAUAAAGAAGCGCAACAGCCACAGCUGCGAAAGGGUCCGGCGGCCCGAGGAGAGGAUAUGGAGUGCUUGGCAGUCAAAGUGCAAGGGCGCCGGCAAGACAGAGUGAG